AUUUCCAUCUUGUUUACGUCCGCCACCGAAUCAGCAGCAAACGAAAAAUUAGUGCUCCGAAAGUUGUAAAAUUAUUUAAUAAUUCAAACUGUAUAAAAAACUUUCCAGCGUCCUCAAGAAGCACCUUUUGUCUAGGCUUCUUCCGUUUGCCCGUGGACUGUACAGCAUCACAACGAUGUCCGCCGAGAAAUUGCUGCCGGAUUUGAUUGGCGGAGGAGCAGCACCACAACAAGGGUCGAAUCCGGAUAAUAAGCUCACGGUCGGUGGCGAAGAAGCAGCCAGUGGUAGUGUGAACAACAGCAACAGCAAGGCGGUGGCGCCGGAUGAGGAAAACAAUCGCAGCCCACAGGUUCAGCAGCCUCCGGAUUUUUCACAGUUUGACGACAGUGAAGAUGAGGAUCACUAUCAUAGUGGGGGCUAUCAGGCGGAUAACAUCAGCAUCGAGAGGAUAAGGCAGUAUCUUUCGGACAAGUUGGGAUUCUACACCACCGAUUCCAACUACGACGACAAGGACGGUGCCCCGAGGAAACGGGUGCUGGAAACGGUUGACAUUGAUGGCGUCAUCAAACAUUGGAAGAAUGGGGGCUUCAAGAAGAUAGUCACGAUGGUCGGUGCAGGAAUUUCCACGUCUGCAGGAAUACCAGACUUUCGAUCGCCAGACACCGGAUUGUACAACAACCUGCUGAAGUACAAUCUUCCGUACCCGCAAGCAAUUUUUGAGCUGGAAUAUUUCUACCAAAAUCCCAAACCAUUCUUCCAGUUGGCAAAGGAACUAUAUCCAGGAACCUUCAAGCCAACUCCUUCGCACUACUUUGUGAAGCUGCUGGAGCAGAAAGGACUGCUCAUAAGGCACUACACGCAAAACAUCGAUACGCUGGAACGCAUAGCUGAAAUCAACGAGGAGAAGAUCGUCGAAGCUCACGGUACCUUCUUCACCAACCACUGUUUGCAGUGUAGAGCUGCGUAUACACUGGAUUUUGUAAAAGAAAAAAUAUUCACGGACGAGAUACCGACCUGUGCAUGCGGCGGUGUCAUCAAACCGGACAUAGUUUUCUUCGGGGAAGGUCUCCCGGAACGAUUCCACGUUCUACCGCACAAGGAUUUUGCCGAGUGCGACCUGCUGAUCAUCAUGGGCACAUCGCUCACGGUGCAACCGUUUGCGUCCCUGGUCGAGUACGUCAACGAUGACUGCGUACGGCUGCUGAUCAACCGGGACAAGGUCGGCGGAGGAGGCUUCGGGUUCCUGCGAUCAAUGAUGUUCGGCGAGGGGCUAUGUUUCGAUCUGCCUGGCAACCGGCGGGACGUGGCCUGGACAGGCGACUGUGACGAUGGGUGUCUUUUCCUCGCCGACAAGUUAGGCAUGGGGGAUGAACUUCGGGAAAUGAUCAAACAGGAGCACGCUAAACUGGAUGCCACACAACAGAAACAUUUCCCGGUCGCAGAGCCCAGCCAGACGAAAGAUUCUAUAGAUUCUACUGCUUCGCAAAACCACAUCACCGAGGAUGGUAUGAUACACGAUGUCCAGCCCGGUGCCGAUGUUGCGGCUUCAAGUGUCGCUCCCAUUCCGGAUUUGGUUCCGGUUGAUAUUAACUGUCGCGGCGAAAUGAAGGAUCUUGACGCGGGAAAAUCGACAACGGUGGCGGAUGAAACCAAGAACAAUUGAACGGGUGCAAAUUGUACAGUCAGUGCAAGCCUCUUUGCAAAAGUGGCGAAUACAAUUGUGAAUAAAUAGGAAACAAAGUGUAGGUUAACUUUGCAAUCAAACUCCAAUUUUAAUCAACCGACAUAAAUAGUUGCAGUCGUUCGAACUUAAAAUUGAACAUAGAGAAAUGACAAAAAAUCUUGUAAAAAACUCAAUUUUGAAAAUUAACUUAACGUUAAUAAAACGCAAUUGAAUUUUGACAAAGCUUUUAUUAGUGUUGAUUAAUAGAUUACCUAACAAUAUCCUAUUAUGAGUUGUACAUUUCAAGGAUGUUUCGGAUCAAACCAAACAUUGUCUUAACAGUUCAAAGUUCACUUUCACAAGGUUACGUUUAAUAGUAAGAUACAAGCUUCAGCUUGACACAACUACUACAAGUUAUUUAAGUUCAGUUUAAAAUUCAACGCAGACAAGAAUAAAUAAAUUAUCCCGAAACAG